AUGGAUCCAUAUGAAAUAGAAUUUAUUGGAGAAAAUCGCAUCGUUAGCAUAAUUCCAAACUUUUCCUACGAUAAAAUCUAUUUAAUUUGUGGUGAAUUCGGUCCGUUCCGUGCUGGUUUGCCAAUGAAUGUACCUCUGUGGUUAGCUGUGAUGUUGAAACAGAAACAGAAGUGCCGAAUCGUAGCUCCUGAUUGGAUGGAAGUAGACAACUUAGAAAAUAUCAAGGAAGAGGAAAAGAGAUCUAGGUUUUUUACAAAAAUGCCAAAUGAACAUUAUAUGGUUGAAGCAAAGUUAAUUCUAGGCGCUGCGUCAGAAGAUAUACCGAAUGCCUCAGAAAUAAAAACUAUUAUUAAAGACAUCUGGGAUAUAAGAAUGUCUAAGCUACGAACAUCUAUGGAUGCAUUAAUGAAAUCUGGUGGUUCAUAUGGUAGAUUAGACCAUUUAACGAUGAUGGAGAUAAAUUCUGUUAAGCCCUUGUUACCUGCUGCGAUGGAUGAACUUCUAAGGAUCCAAAUGAUGUCAAAGAAAACAACACCAGCUACAUUAAACAGUUCAACGUUUAGCCAAUCUGGGACCUCACAAAACACCUGA